AUGCGCCGUACUGGAAGCUCAAAAGAUCUAGCGCUCUCCCGAGAUCUCUACGAAAAGACAAAGUUUCUCAUCUACUUCAACUAUGAGCCUUGCCGGUUGACGGUACUGAAGGCGAUGUGCCUCCUGUCAAUUUGGAGCCCAAAUCCUUCAAACACCACGAGCUUGGACGGCCCAUGGCAUUGGUCAGGCUGUGCCAUUCGAAUGGAAUGGCCAUCCAGCUUGGCAUCCAUAAACAGUCCACAUAUAGUCAAUGUCGAGACUCUGGGUGUCGUAGGCGGAUCUGGUGGCAUUUAUUUUGAUCGCUUACAAAGUUCUUGCUUCGGCCGACCGAUAGCAAUUCAGAUUGGUGACUUCGACGUGGCUCCUCCUGCACUAUCUGACUUUUCGGAGCCCAGUCUCCAAGCCAAAGCAUUCAUUGAGCAUGUAAAGCUUUACAAAACCAUAGGACGCGUCUCGCAGCUACUAAACACUGGUGCGUCACUCAAUUCCGACGAGAGCUCGGCCCUGAAGGGUUCUCUCUGUCAAUGGAUACGCAGACUGCCGCCAGAGCUCUCCCUUUAUGAUGCAACGGGUUUACGUCAGCCUUACAAGAAGGAAGUCACCGGUUUGCACUUGGCUUAUUUCACUGCCAUCAUUUUGUUGCAGGCCGCUACGAGAGGGUACAAUUCACAAUGGAGGGCAUCCCCGAUUUCUCUUCUCGCUUCAUCCUGCAUCGCUCGUCUCUACGAGGAAACCCAACUUCGAGAGGAUGUGUGUUUCCUCAUUCACAUUCACAGCUUCUACUGCAUGGUGGGGGCUAUACCACUACUCUACUGGCGCACACGAUCUCACACUAAGGAGAGUUGCCGCUUAGAGGAGCUGGGAAUCUUGCGUUCAACCGUAGAACAGCUCUCCACAAGGUUUGGCGGCGCCGGCACAGUGCUGCGUAAUAUGGAAGCCCUGGAAACCGAGCUGCAGCAGAGAAGAAGCGAAAGCUCCAUUGAUGAUAUGAUGCAGGCCGAAGAGAACAUCGCCGCGGGAGAUGGAGAACAGAUGGAAGAGCUUUCCCAUUUCCUCUUGAGCUCUAUCUGCCCGAGUGGAUAUUCGAGGACGCUUCAUCUUGUCUGCAUCGGCGCGGGAGCCAGCGGAAUCAGCUUGAUCCAUACUCUCAAAGCACACCUUACCGAUUACGAGAUUACAGUGUACGAGAAGAACCCGCAGGUUGGAGGAACAUGGUUCGAGAAUCGUUACCCGGGGUGCAAGUGUGAUAUUCCCUCUCAUAACUAUCAAUUUUCCUUCAACCGCAACCCCCAAUGGAGCAGCUUCUUCUCCCCCGCUCCUGAGAUCCAGGAAUAUUUGUGCCGCGUCUGUGACGAUGAGAAUAUGCGGGAAGCGAUCAAGUGUGGCCACAAGGUUGUUGAAGCGCGGUGGGAAGAAGAGGAAGGACUUUGGAGGAUCAAAGUUCUGAAUGACCAAACUGGAGAGUCUUUUGAUGAUUGGUGUCAUUUCUUGCUCGAUGCUAGUGGCAUUUUGAACAACUGGAAGUGGCCAGACAUUCCUGGAAUCCAGUCUUUCGCUGGCGAUCUGGCUCACAGCGCAAACUGGCCAGAGAAUUUCGACUGGGCUGGCAAAAAGGUUGCCCAGAUUGGAAACGGCUCUUCCGGAGUUCAGAUCCUGCCCCAUUUACAGAAAGGAAAGUGUGCCGCACAGGUUGUGCAUUUUAUACAGGAGCCAACUUGGAUCGUGCCUCCGAGGGUGGCAUCCUUGGCUCAGGGUAGAGCUGCCGACACAAUGAGCCAAAUCGAGUUGAAUGAGAGAGAAGAAUUCACGCCAUCUCAAAUUGAAAAGUUCAAGGCCGACCCCGAAUUCUAUUUAAAGUUAAUCAAGGCCAUCGAGGUUGAGGUUCUGAAGGACACUGACUAUGCCGCUGCCGUCACUCGAGGAGUGACCAACUACAUGUCUGCCUUACUGGGAAACAACAAGCGCCUUUGUGAUGCUCUCAUUCCCAAGUUUGAACUCGGGUGUAGGCGACUUACGCCUGCAGUCGGCUAUCUUGAGUGCCUCCGCGCUCCUAACGUCACCGUUGUGACCGAAAGGAUUGUUGAAAUCACCCCGAAAGGCCUCCGUACGCUUUCAGGGGAGAUGAUUGAAGCGGAUGCUAUUGUUUUCGCAACUGGCUUCAACGUUUCAUUCUGCCCUCGUUUCCCCCUGGUGGGACGAAACGGCAAUCUGCAGGAUACAUGGACACGAGCACUCCCGAAAGCCUACAUGUCUUGCGCAAUUCCCGACAUGCCAAACUAUUUCAGUGCGUACCCAUCCCUGCAGCAUGCUGCCGAGGCACUAUUCAAACAUCUAACCAUGCCGUUAGUCUUUCUCGGACCAAACGCUCCAAUCGGGCACGGCAGUGUACUUACCAUUAGUGAACACAUCGCAAAGUACAUCGUUCGCAUCAUCCGCAAGUGUCAGACCGAGGGCAUCAAAGCUCUUGCACCCACCCACUCUGCGGUUGACGAGAUGGCUGAGCACAUUGACAAGUUCAUGCCUCGGACGGCAUGGGCCGGAAAGUGUAUUUCAUGGUUCAAGAACGGAAAGGUAAAUGGGCUAGUCACGGCACUGCAUCCGGGAAAUAGGAUCCAUUUCUUUCACAUGCUUGCAGAGUUUAGAGGGGAAGACUGUGAGUACGCCUACACGGUGGGCAGAAACCGUUUUAGAUAUCUUGGGAACGGAUUCUCAACCAAGGAACUUGGUGACUCGGACUUAACGUGGUAUCUAGAUGAGCCCGAUAAGUUGUAA